AUGACAUUCGACAACAGUGAAGGUGCAACAAACGUCCUUGUUCCAAAGCACGUGUAUAGCCCAUACAAUGCUCAAGCUUCAAUUCAUACAAAACCUGCCCUUUGGGCAACGUUACUUCCUACAACCGUCCCAGGUCGUGUUUCGGAUAUUUGGAGAUCGUAUUUUGCUCAGUGUAUUUUUGCUGACCCGAACCUUCGGCUAGUUUUUGCACCACCAAAGAUUGAACAAAUACGAAACGACCACAACAUUCUGGGUGACUUUACGGCUGAAAACGACCUCUACACAAAAAGUGGAAAGUUGAUUGAUUUCCUAUCUAGUUGGGACUCUGAACAUCUCCAUGUUCCCCAGCGAGUGGAACAGCUAUGGAUUGAUUUGUACGAAAGAUCAUACAUUGAAUUGGAUGGUGUCUUGGCGUUGCAAAAGUGGCUGGAGGCAUUGAUCACAAUGGGAUACAGGUAUCCCGAGUUGAAGCCUAGAUUCCGUAACGUCCCACUGAUGGGUCAGUUCAAUUUUGCAGACUUUCCCAACAGCAUGACUCAAAUCAUGAUGUUGAUUCAGAAGAUGAGAGAGCGCUUUCAAACAACCAUUGCUGCAGCUCCACUCAAUGAAACCCAGUUGGCGUACUUAGAGACAUCGUAUAGACGCCAUACCAAGCCAAGGAUUUGA